CCUGGCGGCAGACGGCUUGUCAGUCGGAAGCUGAGGACCGGGGACUGACCCAACCUGCCCCCGGACUCUCCAGUGUAGAGGCCACACGAUGAAGACCAAUUAGAAGAAAGGCGACGAAUGGCUGCCUCACCUUUGGGCCCCUGUUGUGGAGAGAGCAAACCCUUCAAUGUGCUGUAAGGGAAGGGAAGCUGUGUCUGAAGAUGGAAUCCCAUUGAAAGUGGCGUCAGUUGUGAAUGAUGUGGAGGAAAGUAUGCCCACCUGGCUUCUACACAACUGUUUUGAGACAGUGGACUGGUCCAUGUUCGAAGACUCAGCUGCCAGCUUUGAUGAGUAUGUCACCACCGUCACACACUUUAUUAGCAAGGGUGUUGUGCACUAUGUACCAAAGAGGACAAUCCGGGUUUUCCCAAACCAGAAAGGAUGGAUGAACUGGGAGAUCCACUCCUUACUGAAGUCGAGGACUGCUGCAUUCAAAUCAGGUGACCCUGAUCUUCACAAGAAAUCAAGAUACGACCUCUGGAAAGCUAUCAGGAAUGCCAAGAGACAAUACCAGUUCAAAAUAGAGUCCCAGACCAGUCGUCAGUUGUGGCAGGGCUUAAACGCUGUAACAGGCUGCAAAACGAAGUCCGGCUGCAUAGUCAACAACAGCGCAUCCCUUCCCGAUGAGCUUAGCAGGAAGGAGAGAGAGAACUUAGUGGAAUGGUGUCAUGACAACAACCUUUCCCUCAAUAUCAGCAAAACAAAAGAGCUGGUCAUUGACUCAGGAAAGGGGGUGGUGUACAUGCACCUGUCUACAUCAAUGGUGUUGAGGUUGAGAGCUUCAAGUUUUUGGAGUGAACACCAAUAGCCUAUCCUGGUCAAACCACGUACACGCCACGGCCAAGAAAGCUCACCGGCACCUCUACUUCCUCAGGAGGCUAAAGAAAUUUGGCAUGUUCCCUUUGACACUCACCAACUUUUAUCGAUGCACCAUAGAAAGCAUCCUAUCUGGAUGUAUCACGGCUUGGUAUAGCAACUGCUCUGCCCAGAACCGCAAGAAACUGCAGAGAGUUGUGGACACAGCCCAGCGCAUCACGGACACCAGCCUCCCCUCCUUGGACUCUGUCUUUACCUCUCGCUGCCUUGGUGAAGCAGCCAGCAUAAUGAAAGACCCCACCCACCCGGGACAUUCUCUCUUCUCUCCCAUCAGGCAGAAGAUACAGGAACCUGAGGGCAUGUACCACCAGGCUCAAGGACAGCUUCUAUGCUACUGUGAUAAGACUGGGGCAGGCACAGUAGUGUAGCUAUUACAGUGCCAGCGACCCAGGUUCAAUUCUGGCCACUGUCUGUAAGGAGUUUGUACAUUCUCCCCGUGUCUGCGUGGGUUUCCUCCGGGUGCUCGGGUUUCCUCCCACAUUCCAAAGACGUACAGGUUAGGAAGUUGUGGGCAUGCUAUGUUGGCGCCGGAAGCGUGGCAACACUUGCGGGCUGCCCCCAGAACACUCUACGCAAAAGAUACAUUUCACUGUGUGUUUUGAUCUACAUGUGACUAAUAAAGAGAUCUAUUGAACGGUUCCCUUAUACAAUGAGAUGGACUCUUGACCUCACAAUCUACCUUGUUUGACCUUGCACCUUAUUGUCUACCUGCAAUGCAUUUCCCUGUAGCUGUGACUCUGUACUUCUGCAUUCUGUUAUUGUUUUUACCCUGUACUACCUCAAUGCACUGUGUCAUGAAUUGAUCUGUACGAUCAGUAUACAAGAC